AAGAAUUGUAAUUUAAUAAUAACUUUAUCGAGAGGGCACACGGUCGAAAAAUUACGAACCCUAAAGCGGAAGUUCUGGUGGUCACGUGAGCAGGUUGUACUCUAAUGGCUGACUUCGCGAUUCACUUAUCAAUAUUCCAACUUCACGAUUAUGUGCGGCAUUUGUUUACGCUGAAGUUUGUCUCUAGUGGAUUUGUUAUUGCCGUGACUAGGUUGUAGUGUGGAUUACUCGGGAAGAAGAGAGUUUAUUUAGUGAGCAAUUUAGUUAGAAGAAUCGGCAAACUGUUUACAGAUAAGAUGACAUUUCUACGGAUUAAUUCCAACGGUGGUGAACACUUUUUUCAACGUCUCUCGCUAGGUUAAGUUGCGCAUUGAAAGCGCGAAGCGGUUCGAAUUUGAUUUUCGGGAAGUUGACCAAGUCAAUUAUGGGCUCGCUAAAUCUUGUCUGUCCGAUGUGUUGCGGCGAAACCUUCAACAACCCUCAAUCUUUGAAGUAUCAUCUAUUAAGUAUAACGGACAAUCUCUAUUGUCCUGGCUGUUCGCAACGUUCUGAUUCUGUGACGGCGCUUAUCCAGCAUUUAGACAAGUGCCAACAAGGUUUGCAGCGCAAGAUCAAAACCGAAGUCUUGAUGGAUAAAGCUCGAAAAGUCAACGAGGAGUCGGAAAAUAAAAUGAAUAUUCUAGCGGAUGUUAAAGUACAGCAGAUCAAUCGAAGCUUUCUAGCAACUGUGAAUGACACCGGAAUUGUUAUAGUUGGUGACCCGCAAACUAUACAAGUUGAUGAAAAUGGAGAAAUUAAAGUCGUAGAAAAACUGGAAUUGGACGGAACACAACCAGGUGAAAAUUCUCUGGAUUUCAAGAUAUCUGAAGAUCUUCGCAGUUUUGGUGGUGAGAAGCAAAGAAGACCGCAAUCAUCUCAAGGAUUAGUGGCUAUUCCUGUAUCGAAUUGUGUCACAGAGCGCAAAGAGGCACUCCUAGACAAGAAUAUGAUCGCUAUGUUGUCAGAAAAUUCUGAGCUUCUAGAUGGUGAUGUCACAACCUUCAUCAACGUGGAUCGCAUAAACGAUGUGGGAGAGUUAGAUGAAGCUGGUCUUUUGCGUAUCAAGCAAGAACUGUGCGAGAUGGACUCAGAUGCAAUAUAUAGUUGCACCAGUUGUGAUAUAAGUUUCAAUUCCGUCUUGGAGCACAUUAAACAGUUUCAUGAUGGGCAAGAAGUCUUACUGGAAAUGGCGGAGCAAUUGGACGAUCUGACGACGACAGUGCCUGUAAAUGCAAUGUCUACAGUGUCUGAAAACUCAGAAAAUCUCGUUAAUACGCGGCAAAAGCAAACUAUGAAUACGUUGCGUACGGAGGAGUGCAUCGACAGCGAAGGUAGGCUUUAUACCAGGAAAGUAGUACAAAUCGAGAGAUUUUGGGACCGAACGCCGAUUCAAGUCGCGACGUCACAAUCAGCGAAAGCUCCUAUGAUUGAGAAAUUCUUCUCAAACGUGGAAGGCAUUAAGGUACGGGAGAAGCGCCUGGCGUCCACACCGUUGCGAAUGUAUAAAUGCAAUCAAUGCUUGCAGCAGUUCUCGAAAUUGGGAAACUUUCGCGUGCACGCCUGUUUGCACGGUAACAAUCGUUGCGACCAUUGCGAUCAAAGCUUCGCAACCCCUAAAGCCUUGCAACUCCAUAUGAAAGUACAUGAAAAUCAGGCCGAUCCCGGUCAAAAGACGUUCAUUUGUACAACGUGCGGCACUGAAUUCUGCUCUCAUAAAAGUUUGCGACUACAUUCGAGAAUGCACGCUCCUGUGAGAGCUAGGCAUGUAGACGCACCCGAAGGAACUCCUACGGCGACCUUCACUUGCCCCGAAUGCGGUAAGACUUUAUCUGAAUCGUACAAAGAUGCGCACAUGGCAUUGCAUACAGGCGACUCAGUAACGUGCGCUGUCUGUAACAGAAAAUUUGAUUCUUCGGACAGCCUAGCGAUGCACGCAGCAGUGCACACUGAACUGGCGCCUCCGCAGUCACCGCCCGUCUCAGUCCCAACCUCGGCUGAAACAACGACAGCGACGACAUUAGCGAUUACGACGACUGCAACUUCAGUUACUACGAUAACGACGGCGACGAUGGAAGCUGGUGAAAGUCAAAAACCUUAUCAAUGCCAGCAUUGUGGUCGUAGAUUCACUAGACCUCACGAAAAGGUCAAGCAUGAACGAAUUCACACGGGGGAGAAGCCACACGCUUGUGAGGUCUGCGGCAAGACCUUCCGCGUGUCCUACUGCUUGACAUUACACAUGCGUACGCACACGGGUGUGCGACCCUAUACCUGCCAACAUUGCGGUAAACGCUUCAAGGCCUCCUCCGUUUAUAAUCAUCAUAUGUUGACGCAUGGCGACGCGCGCGCCUACACGUGUCCGUACUGCCCGAAGACGUUCAAGACGCGAGUGCAACUCGCUGGUCAUAAGAACAGUCAUACGAAGCCGUUUCGAUGCACCGAGUGCUCGCGACCAUUCGCGUCGCUCUAUGCCGCCCGUUCGCACAUUCAGACCCAUAAAAAGGACAACAACCUCAAGUACAGCUGUUACAUAUGCGGCGCAUCGUAUGGCCGAGCGUUUGCUCUGAAAGAUCAUCUGAAACAACACGGUCAGGACGUUUCAGCACCGCCAGAGCCGGCGCGGGAGGAAGAAGUCCCAGAGGGUUUCCUUCUAGGUGAGGAGGUACCUGAUAAACGCCUUGCGCCUAUCGGCCCUACCUCUGUAGGCGAUUAAAAUCAACGAAUCGUUGCAAUCCGAUUCUAGUCGAAUUGUAGCACUUAAUUGUUCGUGUAGAUUGAAAGAUCUGCGCGUAUCUUCAGGCACUGUGAUCGCGCGCGGAAGAGAGCUUUUACAUGUCUGCGCGUAACAAAUUUUCUACCAAAACUCGCAAUUAGUUGAUUAUACUUGCUGAUCAUUGUUCAUGGUUGAAUUGUUCGUAUUUCUUGAAUAACGUUCGCCAGCCAUUUUCGGCGGCAAUAAAUACGCCGAUUUCAUUUCAAGCUGAGAAAGUUCAUCGUAGGUCAGAAAUAUCUCAUCAAGUCUUGUGAAUGUUUUAAUUAAUAUUAAAUACAUCAUUAUGCAAUGUGAAAUUAAAUGCUAGUCCUUUAGUUGAAAAAAAAAUGUGAGAAGUAAAAUAUUUGGGUACUAAUCCUGAUGAUACUUUUUCU